CUAUCUAAAAUUUUUUUUCCCUCACACCAAAUUCUCACGUUUCUCUCUCUCUCUACCCCUCCCGCUUUCUCUCUCUAUCUCUAGAUCGAAAGCCGUUUCAAAUCGCUUCAGAUUCGGCGGAUCGGAUGGCGAAUUGAUCGGUCGCCCGAGGACCCUCUGAGGAAUCGCUAAUUGGGAUCGCUUCGAGGAGGAGUAGGGUUUCGGAUGUUGUUCUUCGUCGCGGUGCUGGUGGUGGUGGGCUAGGGUUUUUUUUUCGCGGAUGGUGGAUUUAGGGCUAGUCGCGAUUGCCGGAAUUGAGGGGACGCAGCGGCGGCGGGGGAUCUCCGCGGAUUAGGGUUUUUCGCCGCAGGGCGGGCGCGGCUUCGGGAAAGAGAGGGAUUUCGUCGCCGGAGGGAUUAUUGAUGGUAGUCGCUGGAAGUGAAAUAGGGAUUAUUACUACUAUCGAGAGGGCCGGAAGAGGGGAAAAUGCAAGGCUAUGCAUGGGAGAGAAGGUGAGGAGAGGAGGGGAGGACCGAGUUGCAAUUGGCACAUGCGGACAGUCCCCACGCGUGUAGGCGUCGCUGUUGCACCGGAUGCUGAUGGUUCCUCUUCUUCUUCUGCCUCUUCGUCGCCUAAUUUCUUUCUCAAGGACGGACGCAAGAUCAGUGUUGGUGAUUGUGCCCUGUUUAAACCACCCCAGGAUUCUCCACCUUUUAUCGGUAUAAUUCGGUCAUUAACGUUAAUUAAAGAGAACGACUUGAGGUUGGGUGUAAAUUGGCUCUAUCGGCCUGCUGAAGUUAAGCUUAGCAGAGGGAUCGGACUAGAAGCUGCCCCAAACGAAGUCUUUUAUUCCUUUCAUAGGGAUGAGACUCUUGCGGUAUCUUUACUCCAUCCGUGUAAAGUUGCAUUUCUUCCAAAAGGUGUUGAACUUCCAUCAGGGAUCUGUUCUUUUGUUUGUCGACGAGUUUAUGACAUUUCGAACAGUUGUCUUUGGUGGCUAACUGACCAAGACUAUAUUAAUGAACAUCAAGAAGAAGUAGAUCAGCUAUUAUAUAAGACUCGAACAGAAAUGCAUGCCACAGUGCAACCAAAUGGUCGUUCCCCAAAACGAAUGAAUGGUCCAACAUCAGCUUCACAACUAAAAUCUGGUUCAGAUUGUGUACAGAAUAGUGCUUCAUCCUUUGCUUCUCAAAGUAAGGGAAAGAAAAGGGAGCGUGGAGAUCAGGGCUCAGAGCCCAUUAAACGUGAACGAUCUAUCAAGAUGGAGGACGGGGAUUGUGGUCACUCUAAAUCAGAAAGCUUUUUGAGAUCUGAAAUUGGCAAAAUAACAGAAAAAGGAGGCCUCGUGGAUUUGGAAGGGGUUGAGAAAUUGGUGCAACUCAUGCUGCCAGACAGGAGUGAGAAGAAAGUGGAUUUAGUUGGCCGCUCAAUGCUGACAGGUGUCAUUGCAGGCACUGAUAAAGUAGACUGCCUCAGCCAGUUUGUUCAACUGAAGGGUCUGUCUGUGUUGGAUGAGUGGCUGCAGGAGGUUCAUAAAGGGAAAGUUGGUGAUGGUACUAGCCCUAAGGAUAAUGAUAAGUCAGUGGAUGAAUUUAUCUUGGUAUUACUUCGAGCACUGGAUAAAUUACCUGUUAACCUAAAUGCCUUACAAAUGUGUAAUAUUGGCAAGUCGGUGAACAAUUUGCGUUCUCACAAGAACUCAGAAAUUCAAAAGAAGGCAAGAAGUCUGGUUGACACGUGGAAGAAACGUGUUGAGGUUGAAAUGAACAUCGUUGAUGCAAGAUCUGGCUCGAACCAGGCUGUUUCAUGGUCUGCGAGGUCUAGGAUUCCUGAGGUUGGUCAUGGUGGGAACAGAAACGUAGGUGGCUCGUCUGAGGCUGCUACAAAGAGCUCUGUUAGUCUUUCUGCAGCUAAAAGUCCUUCGGUAAAGCUUAUUCAGGGGGAGACUGCCUCUAAAUCUGCCGUGUCUCCUGGGUCAUUAAAAUCAGCUCCGUCACAUACAUCAGUUGGUGGCAAUUUGAAAGAUGGACAAGCCCGUGGUGCUGUGGCUAGCGGUGUUUCCGAUCUUCCUACGACAAUAUCAAGAGAUGAGAAGAGCAGCAGUUCUAGUCAGUCUCACAACAAUAGCCAGUCUUGCUCAAGUGACCAUGCUAAGACUGGGGGCCCUCCAGGAAAGGAAGACGCUAGGAGCUCCACAGCUGGUUCCGGCAGGAUCUCCAGUGGUCCUUCACGCCAUAAGAAGUUAGUUAAUUGCCUCCCUGGGUCGAGUGCAUCUGGAAGGGAAAUGGGGUCUACCAGAACUUCCUUGCAUAGAAAUGUGGCUCCAGAAAAAGUGUCUCAGUCUGGGUUGACUAGUGAAAGGGCAGUUGAUGCGCCUUUCGAGGUGAAUAGUCACAAAUUGAUUGUUAAGAUUCCCAACAGAGGCCGCAGUCCUGCUCAGAAUGCCAGUGGAGGAUCCUUUGAUGACCCAUCUGUCAUGAUCAGCAGAGCAUCCUCUCCAAUGUGCCCGGAAAGGCCUGAUCAAGUUGAUCCUGGUCUGAAGGAGAAGACUGAUGCAUGCCAAGCUAAUAUUUCGUCUGAUGUGAAUGCUGAAUUAUGGCAGAAUAAUGAUUUGAAAGAUAUGGUGACUGCUUCUGACGAGGGUGAUGGGUCCCCAGGAACUGCUCCUCAUGAUGACUGUCUCAAGACUGGUGAAAACGCUAAGAAGGCAUUGGAAGCAUCAAAAACUGCGGUAUCAUCUUCAGGGAGUGAAUCCAAAUUGGGGAGAUUGCCUGAGGCAUCUCCUAGCUCCAUGAAUGCUCUGGUGGAAAGUUGUGUCAAAGUCUUUGAACCUAGUGCUUCUGAUUCUGUUGAAGAUGAUGUUGGAAUGAAUUUGCUUGCUAGUGUGGCAGCUGGAGAGAUGUUAAUGUCUGAAAUGGUAUCUCCUGUUGACUCUCCUCAACGAAACCCCUCUGCAGUCGGGCAGUCAUGCACGGGCAAUGAUUCCAAAAUGAACUCAUCACCUCGGAACCAUUGUCAAUCCAGUGAUGCUGCCAAUGAUUGUGUGCAGAAGGAUAAGGUUAAUGAUGACGCACUACUGACCAGGAAAGCAGACAGUAAGGCCUCUCCAUUGCCAUCUGAAGAUGUACUCUCGGAAGAGCAGAAGAGAAACCCAAAUUCAUCCUCUACUGAAAUGCUACAGGCUGCCGAACCAUGUCUGGAAAGUGACAAAAACGUAAAUGAGUUACCAUUGGUCACUUCAGCUGCUAGAUUCCCUGCAGCCAAACUUUAUAAGACUGCUGACGGCGGAAAUGAUGAUGAGUCUAAUGAAAAAACAGCAAUUGACAGGGUAAAUCAGGAUGCUGUUCCUGAUUCUAAGACGAAGGCCAUUGUCUCUUUGUCAUCUGGGAACAAAGUAUCUGAUGCUGUUUCUAGCGUUGAAGUAGCAUCAGUAGCUGCCGAGCUGGGAUCUAUCUCCAGCCAAAAGGAUGGAAGUCAAACAAAUGAAGAUUCAAAAGAUGGCAUUCUGGUGGAUGAGAGGCCUACUGACACAGUGGUCUCUGAAGAUAUGAAGCCAAAAGAACUGUUAACAAAAAAUGUUGAUGAUGUGAAGGCUGAAAGGACUGAUGGGUUAGACGUUGGAAAUCGAGAUGCCCACAUGGAGCUGCAAUCUGUUAGUCAGGAGGUUUCGGUAGCCACUUUUGGUGCAGGCUUUGCUAAUCACAAGGGUGGGGGCAUGGAGGAGAAUAAGGAAAGUAGAACAGAUUGUGAGCAGAACUUGUCUCCAUCCGGAGGGCUGUCUGACCUUCCUGGGCAAGCAAAAGACAUGAGUGCAAAGUCUAGACUGUGCAAGUUGACAGGUAGUGGAUCAGAUGACAUUAAGGAAUUUGCUUCUUCAGAUGUUUCUUCUGUGCCUGUCGUCGAGGGUGCUGAUAAGGAUGCAAAAGUCGGGUUUGACUUGAAUGAAGGACUCAAUACGGAUGAUGUGAAAUAUGGUGAGCCAGCAAACUUGGCUGCUCAUGCAAGCGCAGCUGUUGUUCCUUUAGUUAAUCGGUUGCCUUUUCCUACCUCUUCCGUGUCGACCAGUCUCAGUGCACCAAUUACAGUCGCUGCUGCUGCAAAGGGCCCCUUUGUUCCUCCUGAUGAUCUGCUGAGGACUAAAGUGGAACUUGGAUGGAAGGGAUCUGCAGCCACGAGUGCGUUCAGGCCGGCUGAACCCAGGAAACUUCUGGAGAUGCCCCUGCUUGCUACAAAUCCCCCUCCUAAUCCUGAUACUGCUUUUGCGAAACCCAGUCGUCCUCCACUGGAUAUUGACUUGAAUGUCCCUGAUGAAGGGACUGUCGAAGAUGCAGUUUCUAGAAAUUCCAUUAUGGAGAGUACUUCUCUUCCAAGUUUUAAAAGUAAUCGCGAGAUAGGACGUGAUGAGAUGAGUAGUUCUGCGCCAACCCGUGGCUCUGGAGGUCUUGAUCUUGAUUUAAAUCAGACUGAUGAAGCUACUGACUUAGGGAGCUUCUCAACAAGCAGUAAUCGCAGACUAGAUGUCAACUUUUCAUUGGCCAAAUCAUCAGCUGGUAAUCUUCCCAAUGGAACAGACACAGGUGCCCGCAGAGACUUCGAUUUGAAUGAUGGACCUGCCGUUGAUGACUUGAGUGCUGAACCAUCGAUACCUAAUCAGCAUACAAGAAGCAGUGUGCCAUCUCAGCAACCUGUUUCGGGCCACAAGAUGAAUAAUUCGGAGGUAAAUAAUUUCUCGAAUUGGUUUCCUCCUGGGAGCACAUACUCAGCUGUCACUAUUCCAUCAAUGUUGUCAAGUAGAGGGGAGCAAUCUCUACCUGUUGUUGCAACUGGAGGACAACCUAGGAUGCUGGGGCCUUCUGCUGGUGGAAUCCCAUUUAAUACUGAAAUGUACCGUGCGCCAGUGUUGUCAUCUUCUCCUGCCGUGGCUUUCCCAUCCACUCAAUUUCAGUAUCCUGUCUUCCAUCCUUCUUAUCCUGCAAGCUUUCCUUUGCAGUCAGCAACUUUUUCAGGUAGUUCGACGACGUAUGUUGAUCCAUCAUCAGGUGGCAGGAUUUGCUUCCCGCCUGCCCAUUCGCAACUACUUGGUGCACCUGGUCCUGUAUCCACACAUUACCCGAGACCUUUUAUCGUUAGCGUUCAAGAUGGUGGUAGUAGUUAUGAGAACAAUAAAAAAUGGACCAGGCAAGCGUUUGACCUUAAUUCUGGGCCUGGAGGGUCCGAUUUGGAAGGUAGAGACGAGACAUCGUCCCUUGCACCCAGACAACUCUCCGUUGUGAGUCAACAAGCAAUAUCAGAGGAGCAAGCAAGGAUGUUCCAAGUUCCGAAAAGAAAAGAGCCUGACGGAGGGUGGGACAGUUACAAGCAGCAGUCCUCUUGGCAGUAGGAAUGCACAAUAGUACAGUUUGGUGACCUGUAGAUGCUUUUUUUUGAAGGUGGGCAAUGGCCACCUUCCGGAGGUCGUCAUCUAACCUGGGAUCCUCAUUGAUGGGCGGUGCUGAGUAAUUUACGUUGUUCAUGGUCUCCAACCCCCGCUUCUUUGCUGUAUCCACUCUAGAGGGAAGAGCUGUGUCCAAGAUUUGAAGACCAUGCUGAAUAUGCUCUCUGGGUGGCUGCGGAUACAUUCCCCCGAUGUAGAUAUUUUGACUGACGGAAAGCAUGUCAUUUGUGUCAUCGAAAAACUUAAGAGAAUUGGUCCAGUAAUGGUGUUGGUUGAAUCAACUUCUGCGAGAAAAAAAUAUGGACCCCAAAGAUCAUCCAUGCUUAUCCGGCUUCUGAUAAUGGCAAAAUUGGUUUUGAGUUGCUUUAUACAGAAGCUUUUGUAUUGUGGUUUAAUUUAUCCUUUUUAAACUCUCUUCAGUCGCAUAUAUGAUCAAAAUUUCACCUUAUUGGGGUAUUGUGAGCUUGCCUUAAUCUGAUGAGCUUAGUUACUGUAGCUCUUAUAGCAUCUCUCUUUAGUUGAGGCUUCAAAGCCUCGUGAAAAAAGGUCGUUACUUCGGUCCUGCCAAUUCUAUUGCAUCCUCUAUAUUCUGAUCUCUCUUUGCUUUCCGUUCCAGAGAUUGCGGUUAUGCAGUGGCCGCGGAAGGAGCUCUCUUCACUUCCAAUGUCUGCUUUUAGGAAAGUCUAAAAGGGGAGGGAGAGAGAGCUUUAUAUGUAUGAUUCCCAUUCCCCAAACCAAUGCUGUAUUUGUAUAUCAUUAUGAGGCUGUACGUUUCGCUACUUUGUUCUGUACGAGUCUCUUUUGCGCGUCCUAGAGUUUUUUAGAUGUUCUCUCUAGGGGGAUUGGAAACUACACAUAUUCUCAAUGCCAUAGGAAAGGGGUUUUCUAUU